UAGGGAAAUGGCCCCAAACAGCCCUGUAUGAUGAUUCAUCAGUGACUCUUCUUCUUAUUCUGCUUGGCCUUUAUUUCAAACUUGCUCGAAGACUGUGUUGAGGAGUGAGAACAACCAGAGGAGAAUUCAAAGAUGGAGUUGAACUCUGGCAGCGAAACACGGCGGCGCCGCCGCGUAGGACUGAUCUACGACGAUCGGAUGUGCAAACAUUUCACUCCCGACGGCGAUUACCACCCGGAGAAUCCCAAUCGCAUUCUUUCUAUCUGGAAAAAGCUCCAAUCCUCCGGAAUCCCCCAAAGAUGCGUGGUUUUGAGCGCCAAAGAAGCAGAAGAUAAAUAUAUAGCUGCAGUUCACACAAAAAACCACAUUGAUUUGAUCAAGACCAUAAGCUCCAAAAAAUUGGAUUCACGAAGACAUAGAAUUGCUGCAAAAUUUAAUUCUAUAUAUUUCAAUGAAGGCUCCUCUGAAGCUGCGCAUCUUGCUGCUGGCUCCGUCUUAGAGGUCACUGAAAAAGUUGCAAAAGGAGAGUUGGAUUCAGCUUUUGCUAUUGUCAGGCCACCAGGACAUCACGCAGAAGAAGAUGAACCAAUGGGAUUUUGUCUAUACAACAAUGUUGCUGUUGCAACAAGUUUCCUCUUGAAUGAAAGACAAGAGUUGGGUAUUAACAAAAUCUUGAUAGUUGAUUGGGAUGUUCAUCAUGGAAAUGGUACUCAGAAAAUGUUUUGGAAGGAUCCUCGCGUAUUGUUUUUCUCAGUACACAGGCACGAGUUCGGGAGUUUUUAUCCAGCUAGUGAUGAUGGUUCUCAUAUUAUGGUUGGUGAAGGACCUGGUGCAGGAUACAAUAUCAAUGUCCCCUGGGAGAAUGGUCGGUGUGGAGAUGCUGACUAUUUAGCAGUUUGGGACCAUGUAUUAAUCCCCAUUGCCAAGGAAUUUAGACCUGAUAUAAUUAUAAUCUCAGCCGGAUUUGAUGCAGCCAUUGGUGAUCCUCUUGGGGGCUGUUGUGUUACACCAUGUGGGUAUGCUAUUCUAUUGAAAAAGCUGAUGGAGUUUGCUCAGGGUAAGAUUGUUAUGGCAUUAGAAGGAGGAUACAAUCUUGAUUCUCUAGCAAAUUCAGUUCUAGCAUGUGUAGAAGUAUUGCUAGAGGACAAGCCUAUUAUUGGAUUGUCCGAGGCUUAUCCAUUUGAGUCCACAUGGCGUGUAAUACAAUCGGUCCGUGAACAGCUGUGUACAUUUUGGUCGAUACUAAAGGGUGAAAUACCAAAGAAAUUAACUAGUAGGAAAACAUCUCUAAUUCAGGUUGGAGGUACAUUCCAUACUCCUUCCACUGCUGAAAUGGGUGUGCAAACAACUCCACCUCAUAGUCCUCCUCAAGGAGCUAAAUCAACUUCUUCCCAAACAGGGCUCCUUCUUAUGGAGAUCUCAAGCCCUGAUUUUGAUGUUGAGAAUGAUAAUAGUCCGCGUACUAUAUCACAAGAUCUUGAAAAGGCUGUUCAGGAUGUUAUACAACCCCUUUCUGAGAUGAGAGUUGGUGCACAUAGUAAUGAUGAAGUAAAUACUGGUUGUUCCUCUUGGAGAUCAGAGUUUUCAAAGAUUGAUGUUUGGUAUGCCUCUUAUGGAUCUAAUAUGUGGAAAUCAAGAUUCCUCUGCUAUAUUGAAGGUGGACAGGUGGAAGGCAUGAAAAAUCCAUGUUCCGGUUCACUGGAUAAAAGGCCACCAAAAGAGAUUAUAUGGAAGACUGUACCUCAUCGUUUAUUCUUUGGUCGUGAUCAUACGAAAACAUGGGGUCCUGGAGGGGUUGCUUUCCUUGAUCCUGAAAGUAACUCUCAAGAUAAAGCUUACAUGUGCAUAUACAGAAUCACGCUUGAGCAGUUCAAUGAUGUUUUGCUUCAGGAGAAUGUUCCAGGCUAUGAUAUGAGUUCUCCUUUGUUUGAUUUGACUGAUUUAGAUUCUGUCAUGAAGAAUCAGUACUUCCCUGUGGAGGCAUUGGAGGGAGGCUGGUACUAUAACGUCGUACACAUGGGGAAUGAAAAUGGCAUUCCAAUACUGACAAUGACGUGCACCAUUUCUGCUGUCGAAAAAUUCAAGUCUGGGAAGUUUCCCUUAUCUGCCCCUGCCAAAGGAUAUGUCAAUAUAUUGGUUAGAGGCCUUGAAGAAGGAAAACAGCUUUCAGAGGAGGAAGCCAUGGCUUACAUUCUCGAAGCUUCUACAAAACCAUUAUUGUGAUUGUGACUUUGUAAAUGACUUGAAUUACAAGUUUACCAAGUCACAUUGAUGUUGGGUCAUAGACACCGUUUAUUUUGGGAGCAGUGGUAAUGCUGUUCCAACCAUUAUAUACAGUCCUAGUAAACUUGUAGGUAUUGUGUAAAUGAUUUGCAUAUACAUAUAUAUAUUGUUCUAGUAAAACUUGGUGGUAUUCUAUUAUAUGAUUUGCAGUCCC